UACAAUCAAGGAGAAUCGAGAAACUCAGAAGGUUGGUAAAUUGAAACUUUGAAUUGUCGAUACUCGAUAAAUAAACGCGAAGAUAGGAUAAGUGGAGCAAAAGCAUCUAAAUGCGUUUGGGUUGUGGAAUUGGUGAUCGAAAUUGGUAACUUUGUUUAAGAACGAGGAGAAAUGAAGGAGGAAGAAGAGAAAGAUAAAAGCGAAGACCCGAAGCUUUGGGGAGUUUUCCUCUUCGGCCUGAUUGGCGCCACCGCCACUACAUUUGCGGUCGGUCAGCUGCGGAGGACUUUUGAUUGGUUCUAUGUUCAGCUGACCAGGUCGCAGUCAUCAUGGAAAGGAGGGAGUGGUGGUUCUUUCCGAUCAUCUUUUCAGGAAGAGGCAUGGAGGAGGCACAAUAAGCGACUGCAAGAGGAGUACGAGGAGGAGAUGGAGAGAGUGGAACGAAUAAGGCGAAUGCAAAGUGUGUUUAACAGAGAAAGGAAUAAGUUCAAAAGAAGCUACGAAAGCUGGAGGGAAAAUAGUUCUGGCGCAUAUCAUCAGCAUUUCCAGAGAGAAGAUUGGUAUUGGAAGGCUGAUACCUCCUUCAGAGACAGGAGGACUAAUUACCGUGAAACUCCAAGAGAGAGUGGAAGCUAUGCAUUAUCACAUCACUACUCAGUUUUGGGUCUUGACAGGUUUAGAAAAACGCCAUAUUCAGAUACUGAGAUUAAGACAGCAUUUAGGACAAAGGCAAAGGAGUAUCAUCCUGAUCAGAACCAGAAUAAUACAGAGGCUGCUGAGGCUAAAUUCAAAGAAGUAAUGACUUCAUACGAGGCCAUAAAACAGGAAAGGAACCAGAAUCUGUAACUGCCUAACUGUAACAAUCCUGGGACCUGAAAGGAUGCGAGGUAUUCCAAAUAUAUUAAUAAAGUUCCUCAGUUCUCCUUGGAAUUAUCAUCCAGCUAAAAUAUGGUUCUGCUGCGAGUAAAUUUUAUACUGUUAUUAGUGAAUUAGAUCAUGAUAUUUUUGUUUUUGUUAUUUUUGAAAUUCAUCAGAUUUAAGGUAUGUAUUUAAUUAAUUAGAAUUCCAACCACAUGUUCAAUGUCCCUGUAAUGUGGUUUCUGAGGAUUCCAUGAGGUUGUGUUCGCACAAUAAUUCACUUCCUGUACACAGUUGGAGCCUGUCAAAAUGGGCAAACUAUUUUCUCUCACGAUAUAUGUGCAUAUUAUUACUACUACAUAUAAUGUUAGA